AUGGUCUCGUCUUACCCUUUACCGGAGGGCUUCUCCGAGUUUGAUGUGUUCUCCCUGGGAUCGUUUCUGCUGGUGGAGGGGCUGCUGGGCUUCUUUCUAAAUGCGGUGACAGUCGCUGCCUUCCUCAAAAUCAGAGAGCUGAGGACUCCCAGCAAUUUCCUAGUGUUCAGCUUAGCCCUGGCUGACAUGGGCAUCUCCAUGAACGCCACGGUCGCCGCUUUCUCCAGCUUUCUGAGGUACUGGCCUUAUGGCUCCGAAGGAUGCCAGACUCAUGGUUUCCAGGGUUUCAUGACAGCUUUAGCCAGCAUCCACUUCAUAGCUGCCAUUGCCUGGGACAGAUACCACCAGUACUGCACCAGGACAAAGCUGCAGUGGAGCAGUGCCAUCACUCUCGCUGUAUUCGUCUGGCUUUUCACUGCUUUCUGGUCCGCCAUGCCUCUUAUUGGCUGGGGAGAGUAUGACUAUGAGCCCCUGAGGACCUGCUGCACUCUGGACUACAGCAAAGGAGACAGAAACUAUGUGUCUUACUUGAUUCCCAUGUCCAUCUUCAACAUGGCCAUUCAGGUGUUUGUUGUCAUGUCCUCCUAUCAGUCCAUUGCACAGAAAUUCAAGAAAACCGGAAACCCCAGGUUUAACCCCAACACUCCCCUUAAGACCAUGCUCCUCUGCUGGGGCCCCUACGGCAUCCUGGCCUUCUACGCCGCUGUGGAGAACGCCAAUCUGGUGUCUCCUAAGCUCAGGAUGAUGGCCCCCAUCCUGGCUAAGACCUCUCCCACCUUCAACGUUUUCCUGUACGCCUUGGGAAAUGAGAACUACAGAGGAGGCAUCUGGCAGUUCCUCACUGGGGAAAAGAUUGAAGUGCCUCAAAUUGAGAACAAGUCCAAAUAAACUAUAAACAUAUAAUAAUCACACA